AUAAAUAUAUAUGAGUUUUCUUUUAUGCAAUAUAAAAAAAUUCUCAUAUUAUUUUUUUUAUUUUAUCUCUAUACUUUAUUUUUGUAAUUUUGUAACAUCGUGAGGUAAAUUAUGGUCUACUGAUAUUAUCACUGGCUCGUUUUGAAUGAUAAUAAAGUUCAUCACUCUGGAUACUGAUUACAGAUCACACUGGUUUUUUUUAUAUUUUUUUAAAAUUAAAUCUAUAUUUAUUUUUUAUGAUAUUUUUACAGAUAGCUGUUGCUGCAUGAUUUAAAAAAAAAAAAAGUAUUAUUAAUAUUGAAUUGAUAAUGAACUCUAAAAAGUGAACAAAGUGUUUAACAAGUGAACAAAGUGUACGGUAGAAUAAUAAAGAAUAAAAAAAAAAUGUGACCAACAUAGCAGAAGAACUUGAUUAUUUAAGAAAAAAAAAAUUGUUAUGGAUGUGUUUAGUCUGAUGAAUAAAAAACUAUUUUUUUUUUCAAAUAGUUCAAAUUUAAUUGGAGUAUCAACAAAUAAUACUGAUAUGAACAUGAGGAUAUUCUUGGAAUACAAGAAGCCAUUGUUAACAAAUGUUAAAAAUGAAAAUGUCAUAUCAUGCAGAGAAAUUGUAUGGUUAUUGUGAACAUUUAAAAAUAAAAUAUAUUGUUGAUUUUAAUAACCAAUUAAGAUAUAGAUAGUGAAUAAAGAUAAAUAAAGAAAAUAAAUAAAUAAAUAAAAAUGGAUACAACAAGACUUGGUGGUGGACAUGGUCCAGGUAAUACUGGAUCAGAUAUUGUUGGUUCUAGUGUUCAUAGUUAUACAAGUAUUCCAACAACUGGUGAUGGUAAUGCUGAUUAUAUUAUAAGUGAUUAUAUGGAACGACUUGGUGAACGUUUAAAUAUACUUGAAACAGAAUUAAAAUAUGCAUGGAGAGCAUUGGAUUUACUUAGCCAAGAGUACAUUAAAAUGUGGGAGAGACUUGAAAAGCUUGAAGGUUUAUUGGGUGAACAACAAACAGUUAUAAGUCAAUUGGUUGACAUGUAUGCAACUGGUGGUGAUCAUGAUAUACAUAUUAAUACAAUAAAUGGUACAACAACAUUAAUUGGAAAAAAACAACAACACAAUCAACAACAACAAAGUACUGUAGGUGAAUUGGAUGCAAUUGCUAAAAGUCUUGGACCAGCAAUGGGUAUUGAAGAUACAUGUGUACUACGUGAAAAAUUAGCACAACAAGAACUUGCUAGAAUUCAUGGUUUAACACAACAUGAUAAUUCAAAUGCAGUAUCAAUUAUUGUUGAUAUGCAUAGAGGUGUUAGAAAUAUUGAACAACUUGAAACACUUGAAGAAGAAACAAAUUUACCAGAUGAAGCAUUUUAUCGUAGUCUUAAUAAUGCAUAUCGUGAAGAUUUAAUAUGUGGUGAAACAUCAAGAUCAAGUUCACAAUUGGGUAUGAUUUGGGAAGAAGCUGAAGAUGUUGAAGAUUCAAAUGGCAAAAAUAAUACAGAUAAUAAUAUUAUUAAAAAAUGUGAAUUAAAAAAUGAUAAUGAAAUGACAUUUUCAAAAAUUGAUAAUUUAAAAAAUAAUAUUAAUAAAGAUAUUGAAAAGAUAAAUAGUCAUGUUGAUGAUGAUGUUGAUGAAGAUGAUGAUAAUGAUGAAGAUGAUAUUAAUGUUAAUAAUAAUAAUGGAGAUGAUGAUGAUGAUGAGGAUGCUGAUGAAGAAGGUGAAAUAUUUAGUGCUGCUGAUUAUAAAAAUUAUCGUGGUAAUACACCGUGUGUUAGUGAACAAGAUUUAGCACAAUUAUCAAAAUUAAGUUCAUUGGAUAAAGUUGCAUUAGAAAAAUUAAAUAAACUUGAAACAUUAACAAAUAAAUUACAAAAAGAUUCACAAGAAUUAAUUGAACUUAAUUCACGAUUAAUGGAAUCACCAAAAAUUCAAUAUGCAACUGAAAAUGAAGCAAAAUUAGCUGAAGAAGCAAAUUGUAUUGAUGAACAAUUACGUAAAAUAUAUGCUGAAACAGAUGUUGAUAAUUGGACAUAUUCAAAAAGUCCUGGUUCAACAACUGUACGUUCAUUAUCACGUGUUAGUACUGAUAGUGGUUUAGCAACUGAUGGUGAUUUUACAACAAGAUCAAUAUCUCCAAGACUGAAUACAUCAAAAAAUCAUUUAGAUACAAUAACAACAAAUUAUAUACCAUCAAGAUUAGCAUAUACAAAUUCAUUACUUGAAAAAAAUAAUAUUGAUAAUAAUAAUACACAAAUUGGUAUGCCAUUACCAAUUGAUCCUGGUAAUUUUGCAAAAGGUUAUGCUGAAAAUAAAGAAUUAACUGAUUUAAUGGCUGAAAGUUUUGUAACAACAACAACAUCAACAUCACCACCAUCAUCAACAAUAUUUAAUACAACAAAUGAUAAAUUACCAUCACCAACAUUAUCUGUACAUAGUAUUAGUUCUGUACAUAGUAUACAAAGUAUACAAAGUAUACGUACAAGAAGAGAUGGAUAUUUUGGUAGUGCUGCAAGAUUAAAUUUUGAAUAUCCAGAAAGUAGAACACCACCAAGUCCAUCACCAAAUUCACCACCACCACCAGCACCAAGUGAUUCAAAAAUAAAUAAUUUCAUAAUGCCAAGUAAUCAUCAUCAACAACAACAACAACAACAAGAGACUGAAUUAAUUAAUUCACAAAAUAAUAAUAAUAAUAAUAUUGAUAAAUUAACAAUUAUUGAACAAGAUAAAUUAAUAUUACAUUCACCAAAAUCACCAAGAUUAUCACCAAAACAUAUUGUAAAACCAAUUAAUACAAAUAUACAAGCAGCUAAAUCUGAUUCUGGUUUAUCAUCAAUGAGUGGUUGGAGUAGUCUUGAUAAAUCACCAAGUUCACCUAAAAAUUCAUUAGCUAAAUUAUUAACUUCAUACUCAAUGGAUCAAGCAAGAUCAAAUAUCAUAACAAAUAGUCAAAUAUUAAGAUCAAUGAGUCCAAUACCACCUCUUCCAGAAACAACAUUAUCAAUUACAACAUCAACAGUUGCAACACCACCAACAACAACGACAACAACAACAUCAGAAAUAACAAAACCAAAAUUUGCAUCAACAAAUCCAUUUUUAACUGGUCAAGAACCGCUGUAUGAUACACCUGAAGGUAAAGAUGCAUUUGGUAAUAAAACAAUAACAACAACAACAACAUCAUCAUCAUCAACAAUUAAUCACAUGUCAGCCAAAUCACCAGCUUCCAAAGAUGAUUAUAAUUUUGUAUCUCAAUCAGUAUCUCCACCAGUACCACCACCAUUACCAUCAUCAAUAGAAGAAACAGCAACAACGAUAUCUUCAAGUCCUAAAAAACGUAUUAAAACACAAAAUAUUCAGCAUACAUAUGAUACAGUACCACCAGCUACAAUGGAUUAUAUUUAUACACAAGAACAACCAGCAAUAUAUUCACUUGCUGGUAGUAAUAGACAAAAUGUUAUUACUGGUGUUUAUACAAGUGGGGGUACAAGUAGUAGUGGAGGUGGUGGUUCAUAUGGAUCACGUACAAUUAAUUCUGAUCAAUAUUAUGAUGAUAAUAAUAUUGAUCAAUACAGUGGUAAUUAUAAUGAUGGAUAUGAUUCAUCACAAUAUACUGAACAAAAUCAAGUAUACAAUAUACAUAGUAAUAAAAAUAAAACAAUUCGUGCAAUGUCAAUUGGUGAGGGUAUGUCAAAUAAUGAUAAUUAUAAUAAACAAAUAAUGUAUAGAAAUAUGUUUCCAACUGGUAAUAUAACUGAUGCAUUAUCAUAUUAUCCAACAUCAAUAAAUCUUCCAAGAAGUGAAAUAAAUGAUUGUAAUUGGCGUAAUACAAUUGAAUCACAAAUACCACAUGAUUCAACUUCAUCAAGUAUAAGAUCAUUAACAUCUGAUGGUAGUUAUUCACAAAGUCCAUAUACUGAUAGACGUUAUCCACAACCACCAGCUUAUCAAAGUCAUCAGUAUCAAAGUCAUCAAUAUGCCUCACAAAAUUAUCCACAAACAUAUCAACAACAAUAUCAACCAUAUAAUCAACGUUUAACAACAUCUGAAAGUGCACAAUUAUCUGAUAAUUAUCAAACACGACAAUGGCAACAACGUGAACAUCAAUAUACACAAGAUAAUAUUGAAACAAAUAAAACAAUUGGUAAUCAAUCACAAAAUCAAACAAGUAAUUAUUAUGAUGCAUCAAAUGUUAUUGUAUCACAAUCUGGUUAUAUUAGUAUUUCAGCUGAUAUUAAAGAUCAUGAAGAAGCUAAAGUUACUAAAAAAAUACGUCGUGGUGCAUCAUUAAAAAAUGCAAUGAGUUCAAUGAGUCAUUGGUUGCCGGAUCUUCAUCUUUCAAAAAAAAAUAGAAGUAAUUCAUUACCUGGUAAUGAUAAUAGAGACAAUGCUGAUGGUCAAAUAAUUGAACAACAACAACAACAACAAUCAGUUAAUAAUGAAAUGUCUGCUAGAGGUAGAUGUGCUCGACCACAACCAACAAAAAAAAAGAAAAAACAUAUACUUGUAUCAACAGUAUCUGGUAUAUUACAAAAAGCUAAACGUAAAAGUCAUAGUUCACAAUCACAAUCUGAUCCUGAACAAUCAGAAACAGAAUGGAGUAGUGGAAGACAAAGUGGAUUAGAUACUGAAGAUGAAGACAGUGUUAUGUCUGAUAUUAAUCAAGAUCCACCAUUUUUUGCAAAAGUACGAUCAAGUACUAAAAGAAAAGGACUUCCAUCCCAACAACAACAACAACAACAGCAAUUUUCACAACAGCAACAAAUAUCAUCACAACAAAAUUCACCACAACAAGAUUCUCAACCAUUAACAUUUCAACAACACAAAGAAUAUUUACAACAACAACAAUUAAUUCAACAACAACAACAAAUACUUCAACAACAAAUACAACAACAUCAAGAAUUAUUACAGCAACAAGUUGCACAAGAAAAUUGGCAAAAAGAAAUUACUGGAACAGAUGAUGUACAUGAUGGUUCAGGUAAAAGUACUGGUUCCGGUUCAGCAUCUGGUGGUUCAACAAAUAUGUUUCCAACAGUUGGUGAUAUUAAACGUUCAACUGGUAGUUCAGAUGAGGCACCAAAUGAAAAAACACCAAAGCUACCAUCAGUAUCAAUGAUGGGUGGUGCAAGUAUGGAAUUUGCUGUAUCAAGAGCACUAGGUAAAUAUCGUCAACGUCAAUCAUCAACAGUAUCAGAUGAACAAGGUUUAAAUGAUGAUUAUAAUGGUGAUAGAAAAUCAGAUGAUGGACAACAACAAAUUGAUGAUAAAGAUGAAAUAAUUAAUGAUGAUAACAAUGAUGAUGAUAAUAAUAAAUUAAUAAUACAAGAUAAAAAUGAUAAUAAUAAUAAAAUAACAUCAACAAAACCACCAGAAUUAGUUGCAAGUUUAUCAGAGGAAGCACCAAAUUCAGAAGGUAGUAUAUCAGCAUCAAGUAAUCGUGGUAGUUUUACAACAAGAUAUCCACCAAGACAUCAACAAUCAUUAGAAAUACCAUGGGCUGGUUCACGUAGUGCUGAAGGUGAUGAAGAUAAUAAAAGUACACAUUCAUAUAGAAGUACAUCACGUGUAUCAUCACGUAGACAAAGUACUGAAGAUUCAAUUGAUUCUGAAGAUGAAUGGUAUUGUUAUGAAUUACGUAAACUUGAAGAACUUGAAAGACAAUCACAAAAUGAUAUUGAUUUUGGUCAACGAGUUGUUGAUGAUGCAGAUGGUAAUGAGCCAUAUCAACCUGGUGAUGAAGUUAAAGAAAAAAUGUCAUUUGUAUUAAAAGAAUUACGAUUGAAAACAGUACCAAAAAAAGAUGAUAUUAUUAUUAAAAAAAUGAAUGAUAUUAAUGGUGGUAAAAUAAAUGGUGAUAUAUUAAAAAAAGAUUAUUAUGAUAAUGAUGAUGAUGGUAAACCAAUACCUAAAAAAAAAACAGCUGAAAGUUUAGAGACAGUAUUUGCAAGAGUUACUGAUUAUCAUACAUGGGCACAUGAAGAAGAAGCUAGAAGAGAAGAAAGAACAGCAUUAUUACCAAUGGAUGAAGGUUCAUCUGGUGAAACAUCGGGACCAGAUAGUCCAGGACAAUCAAUGGAUGAACUUGAUGAAGAACUUGAUUUACGUAAAGAUUUAGAAGAACAAUCACGUAGAAGUUCAAGUAAUUCAAUGAUGAGAAGAAAUGAAGAAAGAUAUUUACAUGGAUCUGAUUCAUUAUCACGUGAAGGUAGUACAAGUGUACCACCAAGUGAAAUAUCAGUUAGUAUACCAGGUGGUUGGGAUACUGAAAGUAUCAUUGAUGCUACUAGUAUUGAAACAGCAACACUUAGUUUACCUAAAAUUAAAAUUGAUUCAUCAUCAUGUGGUAGUUCAGAUGUUACAUUAAAAGAAGAACAAGUUAGUCCAGGACCAUUUGGAUCAAAGUGGAAAUUAGUUAAGGCACUUAAAGAACGUAAAGCUGAAGAAAAAUUAAAAGAAGUUGAAGAUGCAAGUACCAAAGAAACAACACCAAUUGUUCAAACACCACCAGCAAAUGGAAGUGGAGCAGGUGGCGAAUCCGGUGGACGAGCUAAUGGACGUGCGGGUGAUAAUACAUUUUACAGUAACAUCGACAGUAUGCCAGAUAUUCGUCCACGACGAAAAUCAAUACCAUUGGUUUCGGAGCUGGUCUUGAAGACGAUGGCAGCUAAGAGAAAUGCAGCAGGAUUGACAUCAGCUGUACCAAGAGCAACACUUAAUGACGAAGAAUUGAAGACACAUGUGUAUAAGAAAACACUCCAGGCAAUGAUAUAUCCAAUAUCAUCAACAACACCACAUAAUUUUGUUACGUGGACAGCAACAUCACCUACAUACUGUUAUGAAUGCGAAGGAUUACUUUGGGGAAUUGCACGACAGGGUGUCAGAUGUAUGGAGUGCGGUGUUAAAUGCCAUGAAAAAUGCAAAGAUCUUCUCAAUGCUGAUUGCUUGCAAAGGGCUGCUGAAAAAAGUACAAAACAUGGUGCUGAAGACAAAGCAAAUAGUAUUAUAACUGCGAUGAAGGAGAGAAUGAAACAACGUGAACGUGAAAAGCCAGAAAUAUUUGAACUUAUUCGAACAACAUUUUCAGUCGACCCGGACACACAUAUUGACAGUCUAGAACAGGCUGAAUCAAUGGUCCUCGAGGGUACCAGCAAAUGGUCAUGCAAGAUCGCCAUCACAGUAAUUUGUGCACAAGGUCUAAUUGCCAAAGAUAAAAGUGGCACAUCUGAUCCAUAUGUAACAGUACAAGUUGGAAAAGUUAAAAAACGUACACGUACAAUGCCUCAAGAUCUAAAUCCAGUAUGGCACGAAAAGUUUUACUUUGAGUGUCACAAUUCAUCUGAUCGUAUUAAAGUACGUGUAUGGGAUGAAGAUAAUGAUCUUAAAUCGAAAUUACGUCAAAAAUUAACACGUGAAAGUGAUGAUUUUCUUGGACAAACAAUAAUUGAAGUACGUACAUUAAGUGGUGAAAUGGAUGUAUGGUAUAAUUUAGAAAAACGUACAGAUAAAAGUGCUGUAUCUGGUGCAAUACGUUUACAUAUUAGUGUUGAAAUAAAAGGUGAAGAAAAAGUUGCACCAUAUCAUGUACAAUAUACAUGUUUACAUGAAAAUUUAUUUCAUAGUUUAUGUGAAAAUAAUGGUGGUAUGGUAUCAUUACCACAAACAAAUAGUGAUGAUUCAUGGAGAAUAUAUUUUGAUCCACCUGGUGAAGAAUUAGUUGAUGAAUUUGCAAUGCGUUAUGGUAUUGAAAGUAUUUAUCAAGCAAUGACGCAUUUUCAUUGUUUAUCAACAAAAUAUCUUUGUCCAGGUGUACCGGCAAUAAUGUCGACACUUUUGGCAAAUAUUAAUGCAUAUUAUGCUCAUACAACAGCAAGUGCUGCUGUAUCAGCUUGUGAUAGAUUUGCUGCUAGUAAUUUUGGAAAAGAAAAAUUUGUAAAGCUACUUGAUCAAUUGCAUAAUUCAUUGAGAAUUGAUUUAUCAAUGUAUAGAAAUAAUUUUCCAGCAUCAAGUCAAGAAAAAUUAAUGGAUUUAAAAAGUACUGUUGAUUUAUUAACGAGUAUAACAUUUUUCCGUAUGAAAGUACAAGAAUUAUCAUCACCACCACGUGCAAGUGCUGUUGUUAAAGAUUGUGUAAAGGCAUGUUUACGUUCAACAUAUCAAUUUUUAUUUGAAAAUUGUCAUGAUUUAUAUAAUCGUGAAUUUCAAGUUGAUCCAAGUGAAGCUAAACUUGAUCCAGAAGAUCAUGGACCACGUCAAGAUUCACUUGAUUUUUGGAAUAGAUUAAUAACACUUAUUGUAUCUGUUAUUGAUGAAGAUAGAAAUAGUUAUGCACCAGUAUUAAAUCAAUUUCCUCAAGAACUUAAUAUUGGACAAUUAUCUGCAGCAACAAUGUGGUCAUUUUUUGCUGUUGAUAUGAAAUAUGCACUUGAAGAACAUGAACAACAUCGUCUAUGUAAAUCAUCAACAUAUAUGAAUUUACAUUUUAAAGUUAAAUGGCUUUAUUCAACAUACGUCAAAGAUGUACCACCAUACAAAGAUGCUGUACCAGAAUAUCCAGCUUGGUUUGAGCCAUUUGUCAUGCAAUGGCUCAAUGAAAAUGAUGAUGUUUCACUUGAAUAUCUUCAUGGUGCAUUUAAUAAAGAUCAAAAAGAUGGGUUUCAAAAAAGCAGUGAACAUGCAUUAUUUAGUGUAUCUGUUGUUGAUGUAUUUACACAAUUGACACAAUGUUUUGAUGUUGUAUCAAAACUUGAAUGUCCAGAUCCAGAAAUAUGGAAACGUUAUAUGAAAAGAUUUGCCAAAACAAUUGGUAAAGUUUUGAUAACAUAUUCUGAUAUUGUUAAACGAGAAUUUCCAAAUCACAUGAAGGAAGAAAGAAUUGCAUGUAUUUUGAUGAACAACAUACAACAAUUACGUGUACAACUUGAAAAAAUGUUUGAAUCAAUGGGUGGCAGUGCAUUGGAGGAAGAUGCAGCAAAUAUUUUAAAAGAAUUACAACAACAAUUAAAUAGUGCACUUGAUGAUCUUGCAAUGUUAUUUGCUGAUAGUUUAGAACCGAGAAUAACAGUAUCAGUACGUGAACUUGGUGAUUUACUUUUGGCAAUUAAAGGUGGUGGUCAAGUUUCUCUAACUCAACCAGCUCAAAGAAAUGCAGUUGCUGCUGAGGCUGAUGAUGUAUUGAGGCCAUUGAUGGAUCUUUUAGAUGGUAGCCUAUCAUUGUAUGCUGAAUCUUGUGAAAAAACUGUUCUUAAAAGAUUACUCAAAGAGCUAUGGAAAAUUGUUAUGAGAAUAUUAGAAAAAACUGUUGUAUUACCACCAAUGACUGAUAAAAGUAUGAUGUUUAAGAAUUUAACAGACAAUGCCAAGAAUCUUGCAGCAAAUGCUAAAAUUGAAGACAUGUCAAGAAUAUUUAAAAAUCAUAUGGCAGGAAAACCCGAUGUAAAAAAUGCACUCAGUGGAGUUAUGGAAAUGGAAAAAAAUUUAUCACCAAAACAAUGUGCUGUUCUUGAUGUUGCACUCGAUGUUAUUAAACAAUAUUUCCAUGCUGGUGGUAAUGGCCUAAAGAAAACAUUUUUAGAAAAAUCAGCUGAAUUACAAAGUCUACGUUAUGCAUUGAGUCUUUAUACUCAAACAACUGAUACACUUAUCAAAACAUUUGUAACAACACAAACUGAUCAAAUGCCACUGAACGAUAUGACGACGUUGCGUCAACGUCAACGUUCGAUGAGCAGCGAAAGGCCAGAUGAUGGUGAGGGUGCUGAGGGUAUGGAAGGUCUUGAAGAACCUCUUCGCCAAAGAAAACCCCCACUUCGCCGAGAAAGUCGACAAGAUACUUCUGAUAAUGGAUCUAUUGGUGAAUUGAGUGUUCAAGUUGAUUUGUUUACUCAUCCUGGUACUGGUGAUCAAAAAGUCACUAUCAAAGUUGUAGCAGCAAAUGAUCUCAAGUGGCCAUUGGCAACUGGAAUGUUUAGACCAUUUGUUGAGAUUAAUUUAAUUGGACCACAUUUAGCUGAUAAAAAAAGAAAACAUGCAACAAAAUCAAAAAGCAAUACUUGGUCACCGAAAUUCAAUGAGACAUUUCACUUUAUUAUUGGAAAUGAACAACAGCUACUUGAUUUCUUCGAGUUACAUAUAUGCGUUAGAGACUAUUGUUUUGCACGUGAUGAUAGACUUGUUGGUGUUGCUGUUCUACAAUUGAAAGACAUUGCUGAAGAGGGAUCAUGUGCAUGUUGGUUAUCACUUGGUAAAAGAAUACAAAUGAAUGAAACUGGUUGGACAAUAUUACGUAUACUAUCACAAAGAAAUAAUGAUGAAGUUGCCAAAGAAUUUGUUAAACUUAAAAGUGAUAUAAGACAAGAAAAUCCAUUGCCUAAUCCAACUUGAAAUAAUUAAUAUUUAUAAUUGUAAUAUUAAAAUGAUUUUUAAAUAUUUCAUCAGGCAUCGAAAGUGUUUGAACGAAAAUGAAAAUAAAUAUUAUAUUAAAUUAAUUAAACAAGGUCAAAAUAAAAUUAUGAGAAAUAUUUAAAGUUGAGUGUCUUCAAAGUACUGAUAUAUGAAGAAUUUUUAUCGCACAAUAACAUCGUCCAAAAUUCAGCAUGAUUAAUAUGGUUAAUAUGUAUAAAUAUAAACGUCCGACGUAAAACGUCAAAAUGAUUUAAAAAAAAAAAACAACAACAACAAAAUCUAAAAUAAAUUGCGCCUAUCUCGUUAUGAAAAAUAAUUCGACAAUUUAUUGUUGGAUGAUUUAUAGAGAAAAAAAAUUUACAAACAUGCAAUUUAUCUUUUAAUAAAAAUUAAAUAGAAAAAAAAAAAAAAAUAACAAGUUUGAAAUAAUGAAAAUUGAUUGUAGAUAUUAUCGAAUGGUGAAUAAAAAAAAUUUUUUUAAUUACAAGUUAAAUGUAGCAUUUAUUGCGUACGACCAAUAGGCAUAUCCUGACGUGAUUCAGGAUUUCGCCACUAGUUAUUAAAUAAUAAAUAAAUUUAAAAAAAAUUAAUUAAUUAAUAAUUACUAGGCCAUUGUAUUGUAAAAUAAAUAAAUAAAUAAAUAAAUAAAUAAUGUUCUUAAGUGUUAAGAAAUAAACAGAGAUCGCAAGAGUCUGACUGCUAAUUAUUGAGUAAAAAAAAAAAUGUUGACAUUCAACGUGCUCCAUUACUUGUCUAUAUCUAAAUGAGAAGUUGAUUUUUUUUAUAAUUUAUCAUGUAUUAUUAUUGUUGUAUAAUAAAACAACCCAAAAAACAAAAAUAUAAUUAUCAAAAAUUAUAUAAUUACUAAUUAAUUAGCUUUCUAAAAUUGAAUUAUUAUUAUUUUUUUUCUUUCUUUUGUUUGAUUAUUAUUGUUAAAGUAUUCUUCCAAUGAAGAUUUAAAAAUGAAAUGGUAAAUAAAUUUGAAUAAUUUAAAUUGCCUAUGACACAAUAGAAAAAAAAUUCGCACUAAAAAAUUAUAAAAUUUGAUGAUAAAUUGAUUGAUAAUUAAAUUAACAUUUUUACAAAAUAUAGAUACGUCUAGAUUCAUUGUGACAAACUUUUAAAAUUAUAUUAAAUUCAUUAACAAAAAUUAUAUAAAAAACAAUGCUGCAUGGAAUAAAUAAUUUUGGCGUUAAAAAAUUAAAAAGAAUUGAUAAAUUGAAAUGAAAAAUAACAAAAAUAUAAAGAACGAUGUUUCGAUACAUAGCAAAAAUGCACGGAUCGACAAUAUAAUCAUUAAAAAAAUUAAUUUAUCAUUAAAAUAAAUAAAAAUCACAAUUUUUUACUUAAUAUAAAAUCAACUAGAUUAUCAAUCAUCUCCUUUAUGUGAAAAUUAAAUAAAAAACGGCAAUUAAUAUGUAUAAAUAAAUUUUAAAAAAUAUAAUUAUUUCUCUGCUUUAGAUAAUACAUAACUAAGAUAUAAUAAAUUUAAAAAAAUUUCGCAAUUUAAAAAUUAAAAAUGUCCAGUCGCGAUAUCGAUGGUGUUAUGCUCUACAUUUUUUAAAAAAAAUAUAUAAUUAGCAUUUAAUUUCAUUGAAUUUUGAGUAAGCUUUAAUGGAAUGAUAUAAAAAAAAAUAAAAAAAAAAAAAAAAGAGUUAAUAUAUAUCUCGCAUAUUCUGUGAUAAUUAAUCGUUAAAAUAAUAACACACUUAUACACCUAUCAUUUUCAUAAAA